GAUUUCGUCCCGCAGUUGGCUGUAGGUUGUUUUAAAGUAAAGGAUCGCUGCUGCUGUCGUCCGUCUUAUCCUCCAGGCAGCUCGGACUUUGUUCAUAAAACAAAGGGCGUCGUAGACGCGCGCAUGAAUAUUUAACGUAACUACGGAGUCUGUUAUCAUGAACUUCGCGGUUAUAUUAUUCUUCGUGUUCGCAACUGAUAUUGUUCCGGGCCUUACAGUCGCUUGCCCCCAAGGAUGGUUCGACUGUGCAAACGGGAGAUGCGUAAUAAUGGCCUGGCGGUGUGACGGCCACAACGACUGCGGUAACCAUCACGAUGAGCAAGACUGCCCGAGCGAUGUCUUCGACAAAGAGAACUGUCCGAGAGACAAGUUUCAUUGCAAGGACAGGAGCUACUGCCUGCCAACGUCGUGGCUGUGCGAUGGUGAAAACGACUGCGUCGACGGCUCGGACGAGAAUAACUGCGCUGAAAAUCACUGCGAUGGAUUCAGGUGCAAGAGCAAUGAAUGCCUGCCAUCGACGUGGCGCUGUGACAUGGUGGAAGACUGUGUCGACGGGUCCGAUGAAGAAGGCUGCCGUAACGUGACGUCCUCAACUCCUCCGCCUUGUAGCAUCGAUAGCGGUAGUUUCCUCUGCAGCGAUGGCAAAUGCUUUCCGCCGGAGAAAGUGUGUGACAAAGUGAAAGAUUGUCCUGACGGCGCCGACGAAGGCAGUUUCUGCAAGGUCGACGACUGCAACAAGAAAAAGUGCAGUCAAGGGUGCUAUGUCGCCACAAAUGGGUCGGCUUGCUAUUGCCACAAGGGCUUCCACCUCAUGGCUGAUGCAGUGUCGUGCACAGAUAUCGACGAAUGUGCCGAGCACACUCACGUGUGCAGCCACAAAUGCACCAAUACACCGGGGUCUUUCCAUUGCUCCUGUCUCGACGGCUACCUUCUCGUCGACGAUGCCUUCUGCAAAGCCAAAGGACCCGAGCCUCUUCUCAUAUUCUCCGGUAGCACGGAUAUCAGGGGUCUCUGGCUAAGAACAAACCGCUACUUCGAGAUCCAUGCUGCAGCGGGACAGGCAGUAGGUGUGGACUUCGACAACGAGCAACGCAGGGUAUUCUGGACAGACAUCAGUGCAACGCACUCGGAUGUCAGGACAUGUCUUUUGGACGGUUCCGACUUCAAAGUUCUCCUAUCAUCACCACUCUCCAUCAUGGAAGAUCUUGCUUUCGACUGGAUUACAAAGAAUUUGUACAUCACCGAUACUGGUCUGAAGCGCCUCCUUGUCUGCAAGUCUGAUGGAACCGCCUGCGCAUCCGUAGUUACACAUGGUGUAGAUUCUCCAAGAGCUAUCGUACUGGAUCCCCUGAACAGGACCAUGUACUGGACAGACUGGGGCGAACAUCCAGCAGUGAUGCGUGCAAGUAUGGACGGUAGCAACUCAAAAGCCUUGGUUACUGAAGAUCUUGGUUGGCCAAAUGGUCUCGCAUACGACCAUACCACUAAUCGUCUUUACUGGUGCGACGCCAAGCAUACACGGAUGGAGUACUUGGAUAUGAAUACCAUGAAACGCGAGGUUGUAAUUCAAGAUUCCGUAUUCCAUCCCUUCGCCUUGACCAUUUUCGAGGACACUAUCUUCUGGAGUGACUGGGCAUCCUAUUCGUUGGACUCCAGCAGCAAAUUCAACGGGAAACACUACGAGAUCCUUCUGCGUGAAGAAUCCAAGCAGAUUAUGGGACUACAUGUCUACCACCCUGUUCUCAGGAGCAGAGACAUUUCCAAUCCCUGCUGGGAUAAUCCUUGCGAAGACAUCUGUGUUCUUGGCACAUCUGGCCACAAAUGCUAUUGUCGCGAUGGUUACCAACUAGAUCCUGAUGGAAGUACUUGCUCGCUCGAUAAAUCUGCAAGUUAUGCCGUAGUCUCCGAAGGAAAUGCUCUCUACCGUAUUCAGCACGGGAACAUAGGAAAAGACACUGUCGAGAAGAUCCCUGUGAACACGCUCAUUCUCGUCAGCGCUAUGGUCUUGGACUGGUCUGCACAAACCCUAUACAUCAGCGAUACCCCCCGAGAGAUCAUUAUGUCCAUAAAUAUGGAUAACUACACGACGAAGGUCAUCCACGAACAUCAUAUCGGCUCAAUCUUAGGCAUGGAUCUAGACACCCAAAACAAGAAUCUCUACUGGGUGGACGCCGGGAAGUCUACCUUGGAAGUGUGCCACUCCAAUGGUAGCCUCCACACUAUACUCCAAAACAACCUCGUCAGGCCUCUAGACCUUGCACUGUAUCCCAAAGCUGGCGUGCUCUUUGUACUCUCCCUUGGAGAUGCCCCUUCCAUAACUCGCUACACGAUGGACGGCAAAAACCCAAAGAAGAUGCCUUUCUCCUCAAUUCUUCUUCCACUCUCGCUGUCCGUCGACGCUUCCUCAAGCAAGCUGUUUUGGGCGGAUUCGGUCAAAGGAACCAUCGAAUUCAUCGAUUUGAAAGAUGAACCAUACAAGUCUCCAACAGUGGCUGCCCAAGUGAGCAGACAUGUGCUGUCAGUGUCCGUGGUCAACAACGUGGUGCACUGGGUUACGAAAGAGGACGGUCUCCUUUACUACUUGGACAUGGCAAAGGGACAAGGGCAACCUUUGUCACUCGUGCUUCCUUCGAAAAACCACACUGCCACCAGAAAAGUUGCGUAUGCCGCCAAAGUACCAGAUCUUGGCAUAAGUACUUGCUCUAUUGGCAAUGGAGGAUGUUCCCACAUCUGCCUCCCGUCUGGAUCGGCUAGAUCUUGCCUCUGCCCAACGGGAAUGAUACUUAACGAAGACCAGCACACAUGCCAAGUUGAACCAGCCUCGUGCACCAGCACUGAAUGGCGGUGCGAUGGACCUCGGACGUGCAUACCAAAAACUUAUUAUUGUGAUGGGUAUCAAGACUGCGCAGAUAAUUCUGACGAAAGCAACUGUCACUUUUCUUGCCCGUCUGAUGACUUCCCCUGCGCGAACGGCAGAUGCAUCGUAAAAUCUUUCCUUUGUGACGGCACAAACGACUGUGGGGACUCGUCGGACGAAAAGAACUGCACGCAUCGGAACUGCAAACACGACGAAUACAAGUGUAACACCGGAGCAUGCGUGUCUAUUUUCUGGCGCUGUGACCACGAAGAGGACUGCGAAGGCGGCGAUGACGAGCUGAAUUGCAGUAAUGUGACUUGUCCUCGUAACCAUAGCCGCUGCGGUAAUGGCCAAUGUAUUCCGGAUUCCUGGAAGUGCGACAGCACCAAAGACUGCACGGAUGGCACCGACGAAAUGAACUGCUCCCCGGUCAAGUGUUUACCUACAUACUUCCGUUGUUCGAGUUCGGAAUGUAUAGACCCCCGCCUCCGCUGCGACCAGAAGGCGGACUGUGAAGAUGGUUCCGAUGAGAAGAAUUGCACCUAUGUCAACGCCGAAUGUCCCUCUAGAAUGUUCCGGUGCAAAGAUGGGCUCUGCAUCUACGAUCACGAGGUCUGUGACCACCACCAGGACUGUAUCCAUGGUGAAGAUGAAGUCAAUUGUACUUCUCCUACAGUUCAAUGCAAAAACGAAGAUUUUUACUGCAUCUCGAGCGAACACUGCAUCCCGGAUACUUGGCUCUGUGACGGUGAAAAUGACUGUGGUGACAACGUCGAUGAGAAUCUUCCACGUUGCCAUCCCACCCACCCCCCUACAACCGUUAAGGAUCCGCAUCUCUGCUGGAGUGAUGAAUUCCAAUGCGGCACUCUAGAAUGCAUCCCUUGGUCUAAGGUUUGUGACGAGUACGCAGAUUGUGUUGAUUAUUCGGACGAGGGCAGUCACUGUGAAACGCAGUGCGACAAGGACAAUGGCGGCUGUGCUCACCUGUGCCACGGAAGUCCCCUUGGACCAAAGUGCUCUUGUCACCCCGGCUAUUUCCUUUCUAACGACUUGAAGACAUGCGAAGAUAUUGAUGAAUGCAAAAGACCGGGACACUGUAGCCACUUCUGCGAAAACGUUAAAGGCAGCUACAAAUGUUCCUGCGCAUCUGGAUAUUCCUUGGGAGCUGACGGACGCUACUGCAAAGUGGAAUCCGGCGAAGCAUCUCUCCUGUAUCUCCUGCCCAACCAAAUAGUACUGUUCUCACCUCGCGGCCACUCCCAACAGCUCCUUGCAAGGGAUACCAAAGCUCACAUCCAUGGCGUCGACUUCAACUUCAGGAAGAACAUUGUUUACUGGACCGAACGAGCUGAUGGCACGCUUAACUUCAUGGUCCCCGACAACGCUAACGCAAAAGUCGCUCUACGUAACAUUCACGAGCCUUUCCUGGUAGCGGUUGACUGGGUCACAUCUAAUGUCUACUUCACCGACGGUUGGGUCCACAUUCAAGCCUGCGAAGAUUCCUUCAAGUAUUGCACCGAUGUUGUUGAUACAACGUACACGCUUCUCAACAGCUUGGCCCUGGCUGCAGAUCGAGGGAUUAUGUUCUGGAGCGUUUGGAAUAAAGUUCUGGCCAAGGAACAUGGGUUAAUCGAGAGAGCGGACUUGGAUGGCUCCAACAGGAACAUCAUUGUCAGCGAGAAAAUUCUGUGGCCCUGUUCAGUUACUGUGGAUUACAUUCACAGCAGAGUGUACUGGUCCGACGCUCGUAAAGAUGCCAUAGAAAGCGCGGACUUCGAUGGUCACAACCGAGAAACGAUCAUAAGCCAUGGCAUCCACUUGCCGUUCAGCUUAGCCCUCUUCGAAGACUGGGUCUACUGGUCUGAUUGGGGCUCAGGUUUUCUCUUGGCCGUGGAUCGCCGUACCGGCAUGGAUAUCCAAGUAAUCCACCGCGGAGACUCCAAAGCUUCGGUACUCAAAGUGAUGCAUGAGGUCCAGCAGCCAUCAGCAACCAACCGGUGCGCAAGAAACCAAUGCAGUCAUGUUUGUCUUUUAACACCGUCCUCUUACAAGUGCGCCUGCGGCCAUGGUUUCCUUCUAUCUAACGAUUCCCACUCCUGUGUUCCUGCAGCACCAAUAAAAAUACCGCACGACGUCCACUACCAGCCAUGUGAACCGAAGUGCAUCAACGGAGGCAAUUGCAUCCUUCGCGAUGGAACCUUCUCUUGCAGCUGCCCACAAAAGUUCUACGGUCCUUCCUGUGAGCACGUGGUCGUGGCCACCUUCAUGGCUCCUCACUCGUCCUCUCGCUACACCUGGCUGACAGCCAUGCUCUUGUCUAUGCUCUGCCUUGGUCUGCUCGUCUUCGGGUACAUCUUCUACCGUAGGAACAAGCAAAAAUGGUCAGAUAUCGACAUCAGCGUCGGAUUUAAGAACCCGGGAUUCGGAAAGAAGUCCGAAGCCCUGCUUGACCACGAGCAUCCAGUCGCUGAAGCUUACGAGAUAUCUGCCUGCCCACCGGGGUACAGCUCUGUACCUCACUCCAUCGAGCACGGAUUCCGGAAUCCACUCUACGAGGAGUGCGGUGUAAAAGGAGAUUCUCGUUAAAGACGAAUGGUCAUCGAAUGAGUCCAUGGAUGAAGCUUUAUUAACAGAAGGCUCCGCUCCAUCAAAUGGAAAGAAGUCUCUACAAAACGUUUUCUUCUUUAAAAAGGCGUAACUCGUGUAAAAUGUAAAAAGGUAUUGUUUUUAACACUGCCCAUAACAGUGCUUUUAAGAUAACAAUAAAUUGUUUCGUUUUAA